AUGAUUGCUCAGAUGAGUGGAGCUGGUGUGAUCACCCAAUUGGUGACUGAUGCAUUGUCAAUGAAUGCGCAACAAGAUUGGGAAGAUGUUUCGCUUUUUACACCGUAUUUGAGUGAGUUUUGGGGGGAAAUAUGGAUUCUGAGGGGAAUUUCUGGUAUUUUGAAGUUUUUUUUGAUCGAAAUGUCAAAGAUUUUUAUUUUCAUAUAAAUACGUUUCAAAAUUUAGAGAUAUUUUUAUUUAAAAAAAUUUUUUUUUUUGAUAAUUGAGUUUUUCCUUUUCGUGAAAAAAUUAUCGAAAUCAGAAUAUUACUUCAAAAUUUCCCAGAUUUUCCACGUCAUAACUCAUUAGAUUUUUAUCUAAAAAUCUCGAAACUGUUAGAAAAUAGAGUUCUGUCUGAAAUUCGCUGAAAAAUUUUGAUUUCAAUUAUUUUUUCAAUAAAAAAUAGUUGUAUCCAAAAAUAUAUCAAAAGUUUGAAAAAUUAAUUUUUGAAAAUUUCACAUUUUUCUUUUUCAAAUGUGGUUUUCCAAAUCUGAAAAUUUUUCGAAAAAAUCCAAAUUUUUCCAGACGAUCAAAUUCUAACUUUUUUUGGGUGAAAAUUGGCUGAAAAUCUGGAUUCUGGAGGAAAUUUCUGGUAUUUUGAAGUGUUUUUUGAUAGAAAUUUUCAAAAAAUCCAAAGAUUUUUAUUUUUUUUUCCAAAAAAUCCAAUUUUUCCAGACGAUCAAGCUCUAAUCAAUGAAUAUGCGGAUUGUUUGGCUGUUCAAACAUUUCUUCGAAUGACGUCACUUCCCUUCAAUGUUCGACAACGUCCAAAUGUUGAAUUCAUCUCGCCAGAUGGUAAUUUAGAUAGUUAUCCUAACUCAUCUCUUUGAAAACCUUUUUUCCAGGCAUCAUUCCAUUGUUGCGCAUCAACAAAACGCUGAUCACCGGUUUCCAUCAAAUCGUCGAUUUUGUGCACAAAAAGGGAGUUACCCUAACUUCUCACUUGAGCGAAAUUCAAGUGGCUGACAUGCGUGCGAAUAUUUCAAUGAUUGAUUCAUUAUUGACCAACAUUGAAUUGUAUAUUCUAUGGAAACAUGAUGAAACUUAUCAAAAAGUGACAAAAGAUCGAUAUGGUUCGGUUUAUCAUUGGCCAUUGUCAACAAUUCUACCGAUUUUGAAACGAAGAUCGGUUUUGAGCGAAUUAUCUGAUAAAGAUUGGGAGGCGAAAAGUUUGGAUGAGAUUGGUGAACAGGCGGAAAAAGUGUUUCGAACUGUAUCGGUGCAACUUGGCACAAAUAAAUAUUUGACUGGCGAAUUGCCAACUGAAGCCGAUGCGCUGCUCUUCGGACAUUUGUACACGCUGAUUACUGUUCGAUUGCCGUUGACGAAUUUGACGAAUAUUCUCAAGAAAUAUCCGAAUUUGAUUGAAUUUACGAAACGAGUGGAGCAGGCGUAUUUUAAGCAAUAG